AAUUGCAGCCCUUCUAGUCUUUUGAACACCUAAGAAGUAAGGACACAACCACGCUGAACAAUGGCAACCCUAUACGGAAAGUGACGGAAAGAUCAAGAACUUGUGACAGCGUCCUUGAAAGACAUCUGUGAUAGGGGACCCUUAUGUUGGACAACAGGCACUCACACAUGGCCAGUACACGUCUUGUCUCUCCGUGGACAUACUAGUCUGGGCGUUCAGCAGAGCGAGAAAGCCAUAUGAGGACUGACACUGAUCCUGACAGAUUUAUGGACGACGGAGACAGAGAGACUGACCUCAGCCCACCCCCCACGACCCCCUGGCCAUAAAACAGACCAGAGCUCAGCACUGAUUGCGUGAGAAGACGAUGACAGCACCGGCCUGACAUCGUAAUGCCAGAGGACAGACGGAUACGAGAAGAGCAGCUGCGAGGUGGCAAAGGAAGAAAGGAGAGUGAAGAGGAAGGAAGAAAGGAUGACGGGAGAGCGUCGGAGGAGAAGAAGGAGGAGGGCUGCCUGGUGUGCUUCAGCGAGUUUGACUCGGGGUCCCACCUACCCGGCGUUCUUCCGUGCGGCCACGCGUUCUGCCGCUCGUGCCUCCGCCACCCGAGCCUCUCCCCCGCGGGCCUCCUCCGUUGCCCCCUGUGCCGCCACCUCUCCUGGGGCAGGGACACGCUGCGCAGGGAGACCUCCAGCCCAGUGGUGGCGCUGUGGGCUAGCACCACAACUGACAGAGGCCUUGUUUCACCUCGUGCCUCUCUUACACCACAACAGAGACGAGACAACCAGCCCCUUCCCGCCAAUUUGGAAAUGACACCCACCUCACAGGGUCCGAGCCUACUGUCCCCUCUCACACAGCUGAGGGUCAGCACUCUGGACGAGACCUGGUUCAUGAACCGCUGUGCUCUCUGCUGCAGACGUCACGCCGCUGACUCAUACCCCUUAGACUGCCGCCACUCCCUGUGUCCACGCUGUCUGGAGUCUCUGCUUGCCCUUGCCGUGCCCGGCUGGGUGGCAUUCCUCUACUGCCCCCGGUGCAGCGGGCAGACCGCCGUCUUCAGCCGACGACCGGCCACCACCAGCCACCUGCCCACCCGUGCCAACCCUCAACAGGGUCCCAUGGUGAGGCCGAGGGCCCUGGAGAGAGCACCAGGCAUCGACCAGCGUCAAUGCUGCUGUGGCAUUGGGAUUCCCUGCACACUAUUAUAGAGAACCGGGAGGUGAUGUUACAAACUCAGCUCAAAAUACAGCAACAGUCGAAACCAAAACAGCGCCAUACUGGCGGUAAAGUACAGCGCAGUGCCAUAGACAUGCAUUCAUAAUGAUUCAUUCAUUGUUUUUGUCAGCUUUACUGCCGACACAGCAGGAUAAAUCACAUUCCCAGAGCUCUAGACCCCAGCACAGACUUCUCCAGCAUGGGAAGCCCGCGGCUGGAGUAGUGAUCUGGAUCCAGAGAGAGUGCAGGGGCAUGGGCAUGAGUCACUCGCUAUGUGGGCCCCUGUGUGUCCUCCCCCACUGCCUCUGUUUGGAAUCAUCUGUCUGAGGGUGACCUAACUGGCUCGUUCUGGGGUUCAGCUUGACUCUCAUACAAACACAUGCACACACAGACACACACCACACACACACACACACACACACACACACACACAUGUACACAUCUGACCUGACACAGGCACACUCUUCCACUGUCAUGAUCACAUUGCACACAGGGAAGUACAAGCACGUGUACAACUACCUACAGAGAGGAAAAUGAUACAAGCACACUCACUAACCAGUCUAGCACAUGGACCCUUAGCUUAGCAUGGUGUGACAGCACACCCAGCCUGUCAGACAUAUGAGGGCUCUCCUGGUUCACUAAAAAUAGCAAGUGUCUUGAGGUGGAGUCAGUCAUCAUUCAUCUGAUUAAUGUGCUGGCUUACUCUGCUGUGGCCACAAAGAAAACUGUACUGGCGUCCAGCUGGCCCCUGUGUGUAUUUGUGUG